AUGGUAUACAGGAUACCCACCCCCGAUAACCCCUUGGUGCUGGGGACCAGACGCACCUACACUUACAUCUCCAAUUGGAGAGAAUGCCACAUUGCGGGAAGGGAGACGAUCGAGGGCUACACACGCUACUCAGAAGAGCUGGUCCUUUCUGUAGUGUUAACAUACUUGCCCCCUUUCCACUCAGUGUGCUUCUCUGGCAGCAGAGUAGGUCAAGCAGGACCUGUGCAGGCGCCAAAAACAAAUGAGAAAAUUGACCACGGCCUAUUGGCUCUUUUACUUUCAUCAUUGAUGACGCUGGCAAAACUAGUGACAACACAGAAUGUGCCCACGUACACCAAGAGGUGGCAGGCAGCAUUGGCCUCACAAUCCAUAGGGCUGGCAACAAGAUUUCACUCGGUCGUUACAGGUAGAGAUGAUCUCUGGGCGGAGAUAGUAGACAGAGUAAUGUCCAUUGACAAGGCAGUCCAGUAUAUGGAUUUCUUCAUCAAGUCACACUGUCGAGCAGUGAAGAUUCCUGCUGUGCUAGACCAAACUCUAGACCUUAAGGCAAAGUGGGCAGCGGCACGGCCGACAGAUGAUAAACUUCCUUACAGUCAAGUAAUGAAUCUGAAUACUCACCAAGAGCUCCACCAUGCCAACUUUCCCGAUCUUUACUAUGCGGCUAGAGCCUUUGCCAAAGCCAGUAAUAUGCGUAGGUGGAUGAAGCGCGCAUUACAAGAAAAAGAAAUUCAAAAUAUCUUGCAAGAAGAUAUUCCUUCGGAUCCUGAAAGUUGUGUGGAGUCGGAUUCAGACUGUGGCUCAGAACCAGACAUUGAUCAAGCCCCCGAAUCCACCCUUGGUAAUGACACUAUCGCUGUGCAGACAUUCAAUGACAACUUUGACUCGGAUGAUGAUAUACCUCUGGCUAAUUUUAUUGAUUUACUACGAGUAAACGACAAAAUCUUGGCUUGUGGUACUGUAAAUGUUACUAGAAAACAUUUACCUACACUCAAAGAAGAUACUAAGUUAGAAAGGGGUGAACAUGACUAUAGAGUCAGUGACACAAAUGUGACUGUGAUGAAGUGGAAAGAUAAGAGGGUAGUCCACCUUUUAUCAAACUACCACGACCCACAAAAUGUCAGUACUGUUAUUCGCAAAGAGCGUAAUGGUGACUCGAACCAGAUAGCUUGCCCUGAAGUUGUAAAGGAUUACAACGCAAAUAUGAACUUUGUAGACAAGUUUGACCAACUCAAAAGCUGUUAUGCCAUUGAAAGAAAGUCUCGUAAAUGGUGGCAUAGAAUAUUCUUUCAUUUCUUGGACUGCGCGUUGGUAAAUUCUUUUGUUAUUUACAAAAAUCUUCAAAAACUCGAUCAUAUGGGACUGUCAAGACUGACAAUGAAGGAAUUCCGCCGUUCUGUCUACCAGAGCAUUCUUGCCCCUGCUUUUGUGAAUAAGCGAUCUUACGGUUCCAAUAUCAGUUCUCCAGCGCAUUCUCCGAUUCCUGUGCUAAUAAAACGUCACAAAUCAACAGUUCCCCAAGAAAUACAUUUAGAAAGUAGUCGGCAUCAACCACAACAGGGCACAUCGAGGCGCUGCUGCAAGUGCAGUAUAAAAUCUCAACCAGUACGCACAGUUUGGGAGUGUAGCAUGUGUAAAGUUCCUCUUUGCCUACGUAAAGGAAAAACUUGCUUUGCUGAUUUUCACAAAAAGUAG